AUCCACUUCCGUUUCAAAAAACAUCAAUCAGAAUUCAGAAUGUCAGUUUACAAAUUGAGAUUCGACGAGGAAUUCAUUUCGCCUUCCGUAUGCGGCGAAUACCUUUACGUGACCAACUUCGUUGGUUCGUUUGGCGGCAACACCGUCAAAAUUAUCCGAACAACAGCCCUCUCCGACGAAGAGUGCCAUAGCGACGCUAAUCGCGUCCAUGCUCGCUUGCCCGCAGCGCAAGCACAAACGUACAACGCUCUCCAAGUGUAUGACGAUAAGGUCGAGGGAGAAAACUUGAGGGAGGUGCUGAAGGACCUCAAAGCACUGGAAAAGGGAAGGCUCACCGUCUUCGUGAACCGUCUCGGCCACUGCAUGAUAAUGGAAGUGAGUCCUCUAUCUUUCAAGAACAUGUGGACCUACGAUCGCUUCCUUUGGUCCAAAUACGGCGUGAAGCUGCCUCGGGGUAUUUCCCUGUGGAAUGGUUACGACGAGUCUUAUGGGGAAACUCAUGUGGCGGGUGCUCGUCAAGGAACUGGGAACGAGAAACUGGAAGAAGAAGAAAAGAAGGAACUGCGGCGAAAGUUGGAGGAGAAGGACGUGGAGUUGGCGGCAUGCAAGAAGGAACUGGAAGAGAAGGGCUUGGAGUUGGAACGCAGCAAGAACAGGGAGCUGGUGCUGAGCUGGUUGGUGGAGGAGAAGAAGAAGGAGGUGAAGAUGGCCAAGGAUCAAUUCCUUGCUUUCAAGGCUACCCUUAGAUCCAUGGUUGAUCAGUAAUUACUAGUUAGGCUGUAAGUAAGCGUCAUUAUCUUGCAACCAUUAACGAAUUAUUUGUCUAAAAGAAACUCGCUCUAGCUUCCUCUUUACUAAAUUUGCAUAGAGUACUCUUCACUCUUGGACAUUAACAUCAUGAAAAUCAUGAUUAAUUAGCUUGAAAUUUCAUCCAACUUAAAAUUCCAAGCCAAGGAGCAUGCAUGUCAUUAUAUGGGAUUAGAAUGUAGUUUACCGAGAUCAUCUUAAAGCUUUCCAAAAAUUUCUUUCACAUUCGAGUAGAUAGAAUAAACGUACGCAUGCAUGCAUGCACGUAAGAUGGCUAGAUUUCCUACCCAAAGGAGUUGGCUGGGCAAUCACAUGAAAAACUAACUUUCCGAUUAUAAGUGGUUUGUGCGACCAAAUGUCUAAAAUAUUACUAAUAAUUUUCAUUUGAAUUUUUUGGUUUCUUUUAUAUAGUCUAAAACCCCUAAUAAUUAUUUCACUUUAAU